UACUCCACGCAGACUAAAAGUUUCUUUUAGGUCUGCAAAGCGGCUGAUGCUGGGCUCAGUUUAGCCCUUCCUCUCGAGUUCUGGUACCUUUAGUGAGGCUGAGUUACUCAUAGCGAAAAAACUGCUGAAUUGUGAAGAGAGCCACAACUUUGUUCUGUUUCAGAUCCAGUCGUUGUUGCUCCUUUUAACGUGAUAAAUGCUGAUUUGCAUUCGACUGAAGGCAAUGAGACCCUCCUGUGCUCCAUGUCCAUGGACUCGUCUUGGUGUUGUCUGGGUUUCUAUUUUCUGGUUCACCUUAGCGGUCAGCAUUUCUGGUGAGUCAGUGAGUCAGCUGGACACCGAACCAAAUGUGUUUAAGACCUGUGGUGAAAAUGUGACCCUGAAUUGCAAUGCCAGCGAAGCAAAACUCAAGGAUUCAAAGAUCUUCAAAUUUGACUGGCAGCACAAAAAUAAAACACUGUGCCAGUACAUGAACAAUACAUCUACCGACAAGAUUAAAUGCAACUUCACAAACACAACAUCUCAACUCACUCUGUCUCUGACCAUCCUCAACAUCAUCCCGUCCGAUGACGGAAACUACUACUGCAAACUACACUCAAGAGGUCGAAUCGUGAAUGGGCAGAGCCAUCUGAAAGUUGGAGACUGCUUUAGAAAGCCUGGCAAGGAUAUACCCUCUGACCAAUGCUCCUUUGAAGGAGUUUUCCCCAUUGCUGACAUCCACUGGUUCCAGGGAGACGUAAACCUUACAGAUGGCACCGAAACGAAACAAAACGUGGACGACAAAGGAUAUUUCACUGUCCAGAGUACAGCUCCCACAGAGAGAGGGAGCCAGAGACAGCCUUAUAACUGCUCACUGUGGAUGCCUUCUCUCAACAAGUACAUCUCCAGUCGCAUGGUUUCAUCAGGGAGCACAACCCAACAACUCCAGUGGAUCUGCAUUAUGAUGGGGAUCUUGAUGAAGAUUAUUAUCAUGUAAAAAUGCAGGCUGUUUGACUAUUGAUUGAGAUAAAAAAAAAUAAAAUAAAAUAAAAAAAGCUACUAAUUGAGAUGAGCCGUUCCUAACGCCUGGAAUGGAUUUAUGCAGGUAUGGUAAUGGUUGUGUGCAGGUAAGAGUGCAUUUCGCUUGGGAUUUUUGUUAAUUUGUAUGUUCAGGUGUGAAUAGCGGGGGGCAAACAGCUUCUUAUUUGAUUUAUUAAUUUGUUUUCUGGAAGCAAAGUAGAAAUCUCAUGUAAAAAAGAAUUAUGACUGGCACUUCAAACUUUAACUUACAACACAGACUUUUAUUUGUAACAUGGCUUUCCACUGGGUGGCGCUCCUGCAUUAUUGUUCUGUACUAUAAACAAGGUGGGAGAAUUAUUACUCUUAGAUAGUUUUCAGUUUCUUAGGGUGGCAUUUUAUAUAUGCUUACCAUGCGUGGGAAAAAAAACAAAACAAUUCCAAACACCGUGCAUUGCUGUGAGAAAGUAUUUACUCCCCUCUCUUUGUUAAUGCAAGAGGUUUCACCUCAUCCGUUCAAAGUAAAUUGAAAGAAAAAAGAAAAAUCUGAUUUUCAUAAGUUGAUCUUAACUACUUAUAAAAAAUAAAAAAAAGCAAUGUCCAAAACAUACUUUUUUGAAAUGAUGAUGUUCUUUGAAUAAAUUCUGUCACAGUAAAACCUCUGUCUAAAUGA